AUGUUAGAACAACUAAAUUAGUAAGAAAAAGAAAUGAUAGACUUAUUGUUGAAAGAUUAUCAAGAAAUAUUCUAACUGGCAUUUUCACAAGAAACACAAAGAAAUUCUUAUCAAUUAUAAGAAUUUAUCACGAAAAAAAAUUUCGUUAAUUUCUAGAUAUAUAAGAACGUUUCAUAAUUGCAGGAUCUUUCUUAUAAGUGGAAGUUUGAAAUAAAUAAAAUAGGAAAUCAAGAUAUGUUGGAGGUGGAAGAUUCGAUAUUAUACUUUCAAAUUGAAAGAGAAACUACUGGAAUUGAAUUAUUAAAGUAUCUUAAAAAAUAUUACAAGUUUUAGUUGAAUUAAUUUGGAAUGGUAUUCCCUAAAAAACAAAAAUAGAAUUAAUUUGACCUUGUGAUUUAGGAAAAAUGA